CAAACCAUAGGUAAAAAAGCGAGGUCAAGCUUUCGGCCGCACGAGUUGUGUUUUUUCUCCCACACGUGAAAAAGUAUUGGUUAUUCUUGUGAAAUACUUUAAAUACAAAUCAAGUAAGAAACCUAAACAAAUCAUGGCGGUCCGUGUACAAUUCGAAAAUAAUAAUGAAGUGGGAGUGUUCAGUAAACUAACAAAUGCAUAUUGCCUCGUCGCAAUAGGUGGGUCGGAGAAUUUCUACAGCGUGUUCGAAGCUGAACUGGCUGAAACGGUGCCAGUUGUUCAUGUCAGCAUCGCCGGAUGCCGUAUCAUCGGCCGCAUGACCGUCGCCAACCGCCACGGCCUGCUCGUACCCUCAUCAACGACUGACACGGAAUUGCAACACAUUAGAAACAGUUUACCCGACAACGUCAAAGUGCAACGCGUAGAGGAACGCCUCAGUGCACUCGGAAAUGUCAUCACUUGCAACGAUUACAUAGCGCUCGUGCACCCAGAUUUGGACCGCGACACAGAAGAAAUAUUAGCAGACACAUUGAAUGUUGAAGUGUUCAGGCAAACGGUUGCAGGGAACGUGUUAGUGGGUACUUAUGCCGCGUUGAGCAACCGAGGCGGUCUGGUGCAUCCUAAAACCAGUAUACAGGAUCAAGAUGAGCUCUCUUCACUGUUGCAAGUACCACUGGUUGCAGGAACGGUGAACAGAGGCAGUGACGUCAUUGGUGCAGGUCUAGUAGUCAAUGAUUGGUGCGCAUUUUGUGGCAUGGACACUACAUCAACUGAAAUCUCUGUGAUUGAAAGCGUUUUCAAACUCAAUGAUGCUAAGCCCACAGCGAUCACAUCAACAAUGCGGGCGUCUCUCAUUGACAGUAUGUCAUAAUGUUAAACAAUGCGUUUCGGAAGUCGCAGUGGCCUGAUGUUCAUGUUGUGGUCUACACCCCAAAUUGUCAAGUUUGCACUGUUAAACAGAUUGCAUAAACGCAACCAAUGAUCCUUGACCUGUGUUAUUCAUAAGUAAUUAUAAUUAUUAAAUUCAUAAGAUAUC